AUGGCGUUGCUUCCCAUCAAAUUUCAUGAACAUCUUCAGUUAACAAAUGUAGGUAUUCGCCCCCAAAAUAUCUGUUUUGCAAAUGUCACCAUGGAGUCCGACAAAUUCAUCGUUGUUCGUGAAAUGAUUGGAGACUCUCAGCAAGUUGUAAUUAUCGAUCUAGUCGAUCCGAUGAAUCCACAAAGACGACCCAUAUCUGCGGACUCCGUUAUUAUGCACCCCAGUGCGAAGAUCAUCGCUUUGAAAUCUGGUAAAACCCUUCAAAUCUUCAACAUCGAAUUGAAAGCAAAGGUUAAAGCUCAUCAAAAUGCUGAAGAUAUCAUCUUUUGGAAAUGGAUCAAUGAGAAAAUGAUUGCUCUGGUUAGCGAAACUGCGGUAUAUCACUGGUCGAUUGAAGGCGAGGCUGCACCUGUAAAAAUGUUUGACAGACAUCAAUCGCUUGCGGGAAGUCAAAUAAUAAAUUAUCGUGCUGAUUCGGAGUGUAAGUGGCUGGUACUUGUAGGAAUAGCUGCAAAGGAGAAUCGCGUUGUUGGGAAUAUGCAAUUGUAUAGCACUGAGCGAAGGGUUUCGCAACCAAUCGAAGGACAUGUAGCCUCGUUUGUUCGUUUCAAAAUGGAUGGGAAUCCGCACCCGUCUAACCUUUUUUGUUUUUCUAUGAAAAACGAAGCUGGUGGAAAACUUCACGUCAUAGAAGUUGGCUCACCCCCAGCCGGAAACCAACCUUUCCCAAAGAAAGCUGUCGACGUACCGUACACUGCUGAGACUGCCAACGACUUUCCUGUUUCAAUGCAGACUUCGUCCAAACACGGCAUUGCUUACCUUGUUACGAAGCACGGUCUCGUCCAUUUAUACGAUAUGGAAUCUGGAUCUCGUAUUUACUCGAAUCGCAUUUCCACUGACACUGUUUUUGUUACAUGCGAAUAUCAGGCUACCGGAGGAAUUAUGGGCAUAAAUCGGAAGGGACAGGUUCUUUCUGUAUCCAUUGAUGAGAAUAAUAUGAUACCGUUCGUGACGCAACAGCUGCAAAAUCCUGAUCUGGCAUUGCGACUCGCUGUUAGAUGUGAUUUACCAGGAGCUGAGGAGCUGUUUGUUCGUAAGUUCAACUUGCUAUUCGGUAAUGGUCAGUAUGGAGAAGCAGCCAAAGUAGCUGCAACUGCUCCACAGGGAAUCCUUCGCACUCCACAAACUAUCCAAAAGUUUCAACAGUGUCCAACUAAUCCUGGUGGUGGCGCCUCACCCUUGUUACAGUACUUUGGUAUACUUCUUGACCAGGGAAAACUAAACAAGUACGAAACCCUUGAACUGUGUCGACCUGUUCUUGCACAAGGUCGGAAAGAGUUGUUGAAUAAGUGGCUUAACGACCAAAAGUUGGAAUGUUGCGAAGAACUCGGCGAUCUCGUGCGUCCGCAUGACCCUACUGUGGCUCUAUCAAUUUACCUUAGGGGAAACGUUCCUCAUAAGGUCGUUCAGUGCUUUGCAGAAACGGGUCAAUUUGAUAAAAUCAUUUUGUACGCUAAGCGAGUUGGGUUUGAGCCAGAUUAUUUGUUCCAAUUGAGACAGAUCUUGCGUUCUGGAAACCAGGAGGCUGGUUCGAAAUUCGCACAGAUGUUGGUUUCUGAAAGUGAAAAUGGGGAGCCAUUAGCCGACUUAAACCAAAUAAUUGACUGCUUUAUGGAAGUUCAAGCAGUCAAGCCGUGCACAUCGUUCCUGCUUGAGGUGCUUAAAGGGGACAAACCCGAGGAAGGCCAUCUACAAACACGCCUUCUCGAGAUGAAUUUGCUCGCUGCCCCGCAAGUUGCGGAUGCCAUCCUUGGAAAUAAGAUGUUUAGUCACUAUGAUCGUCCUCAAAUAGGACAACUUUGCGAGAAAGCAGGAUUAUUACAGCGUGCUCUCGAGCAUUUCACCGAUUUGUACGAUAUAAAGCGUACUGUUGUGCACACUACUCAUUUCAAGGCUGAUUGGCUAGUCAACUAUUUUGGUUCUUUGUCUGUAGACGACUCUCUCGAAUGCCUUAAAGCGAUGCUUACCCAAAACAUUCGGCAAAAUCUGCAGGUCGUAGUCCAGAUUGCAUCGAAAUAUCAUGAGCAGUUGGGAACUGAUAAGCUAAUUGAUAUGUUCGAGACGCACAAGAGUUAUGAAGGAUUGUUUUAUUUCCUGGGUUCUAUCGUAAACUUUAGCCAAGAUCCGGAAGUGCAUUUCAAGUACAUACAGGCUGCCACUCGAACAGGACAGAUCAAGGAAGUGGAACGUAUUUGCCGAGAGUCAAAUUGUUACGAUGCGGAGCGAGUCAAAAAUUUCCUUAAGGAGGCAAAGUUGGCGGAUCAAUUACCAUUAAUCAUCGUUUGCGAUCGUCACGACAUGGUUCACGAUCUUGUCCUUUAUUUGUACAGGAACCAGCUUCAAAAAUACAUUGAAGUAUUCGUGCAGAAAGUUAACGCUGCCCGUCUUCCUAUUGUUGUCGGAGGUUUACUGGAUGUUGACUGUUCUGAAGACGCAAUCAAACAGUUGAUUCUCAAUACUCGUGGAAAGUUUGAUAUUGAUGAACUGGUAGCAGAGGUGGAGAAGCGAAAUAGAUUUAUAUUGAUGCGAAUAACAACCCAGAUCGCCGAGUUGUUGGAAAGUGAGGCACUUCGUGAAUGCUUUUUGACUUUCCCGUAUUUUUUUAUUAAUCAAUGUUUAAGGUAUUGUGAGAAGCGUGAUCCUCACUUUGCUUUUCUGGCAUAUGAACGUGGUCAGUGCGAUGCUGAACUAAUUGCUGUGUGUAAUGAAAAUUCUUUGUUUAAAAAUCUCGCCCGCUACCUUGUUCGUCGCCGUGAUUAUGCAUUGUGGGAACAAGUGCUGAAUGAAGAUAACCAGUACAGAAGGCAACUCAUUGACCAGGUCGUGCAAACAGCUUUAUCGGAAACCCAGGAUCCUGAGGAUAUAUCUGUGACUGUAAAAGCAUUUAUGGCGGCAGAUCUUCCGAACGAACUCAUUGAGUUGCUUGAGAAGAUUGUUCUUGACAAUUCUGCAUUCUCAGAGCACCGUAAUCUUCAAAAUCUCUUGAUUCUGACAGCUAUGAGGGCUGAUCGAUCGAGAGUGAUGGAAUAUAUCCAAAAACUUGACAAUUACGAUGCGCCGGACAUUGCGAAUAUAGCAAUUUCAAGCGAGUUGUACGAGGAAGCUUUCGCUAUCUUCAAGAAGUUCGACGUCAACAACAGUGCCAUUAACGUACUCAUCGAUAACGUUUCAAAUUUGGACCGAGCCUAUGAAUUUGCUGAGAAAUGUAACCAAUCGGACGUUUGGGCUAGCUUGGCAAAAGCACAACUGAAGCAGGACAUGGUGAAGGAAGCCGUAGAUUCGUUCAUUAAGGCUGAUGAUCCAGGAGCUUACAUGGAAGUCGUUAACAAAUGUUCUCAGACAGAGCACUGGGAAGAUCUUGUGCGCUUCCUUCAAAUGGCUCGUAAGAAGUCUCGUGAGUCCUAUAUUGAGACUGAACUCGUCUAUGCGUUAGCCAAGACUGGACGAUUGACCGAGUUGGAGGAGUUCAUUUCCGGACCAAACCAUGCACAAAUUGGGCAGAUUGGCGACCGUUGCUUUGAUAAUGGAAUGUUCGAGGCCGCAAAAAUACUGUUCAACAGUAUUUCGAACUUUGCGAAGUUAUCAGUUACGCUUGUUCGACUCGGUGAAUAUCAAGGCGCUGUCGAUGCUGCUCGAAAGGCUAACAGCACUAAGACUUGGAAGCAGGUUUGCUUUGCAUGUGUGGAAAAUGGCGAGUUCCGUUUGGCGCAAAUGUGUGGUUUACACAUUGUGGUCCACGCCGACGAGCUUGAAGAGUUAAAUAAUUUCUACCAGGAUCGUGGUCAUUUUGAAGAGCUUAUCGGACUUCUGGAAGCCGCACUAGGACUGGAACGCGCUCAUAUGGGAAUGUUUACCGAGCUUGCUAUUCUUUACAGCAAGUAUAAACCAGAGAAAAUGCGUGAACAUCUUGAGCUGUUCUGGAGUCGCGUCAACAUCCCAAAGGUGCUACGGGCCGCUGAACAUGCUCAUCUUUGGGCUGAACUGGUUUUCUUGUAUGAUAAAUAUGAAGAGUUUGACAACGCUGCUCUCACUAUGAUGCAACAUCCUACGGAAUCAUGGCGAGAACAGCACUUCAAAGAGGUCAUUGCCAAGGUUGCCAAUGUUGAGCUGUAUUACAAAGCUAUGCAGUUCUACUUGGAUUAUAAGCCUCUGCUUAUCAACGACCUCCUCGCCGUGCUCUCCCCUCGUCUCGAUCACUCGCGAACUGUACAGUUCUUCUCUAAAUUGAAGCAUAUACCACUGAUAAAACCUUACCUGAAACAAGUGCAAAAUCUGAACAACAAAGCAAUCAACGAAGCACUUAAUCAGCUUCUCAUCGAUGAGGAGGACCAUAGUGGUUUGCGCGCUUCCAUCGACUCACAUGACAACUUUGACAACAUUUCGCUGGCACAGCAAUUGGAAAAUCAUCCAUUGGUGGAAUUCAGGCGGAUUUCAGCAUACCUUUUUAAGGGUAAUAAUCGAUGGAAGCAAUCUAUAGAAUUGUGCAAGAAAGACAAACUGUAUAAGGAUGCUAUGGAGUACGCUGCUGAGUCGAGGUCAAGUGAAUUGGCCGAAGAGCUCAUCGCAUUCUUCCUCGACCAGCGUCUGUAUGAGUGUUUUGCAGCUGCUCUCUACCAUUGUUAUGACCUAUUGCAUCCACACGUUAUCCUUGAAUUAGCCUGGAAGAAUAAAAUUACUGAUUACGCGAUGCCAUACAUGGUUCAAGUGUUCAGAGAUUUCCAGCAUCGCUUGGAACGUUUGGAACGUGCAGAAGCAGAAAGAAAGGAUGAGCAACGAGAACAGCAACAACAAAAUGGCAUUACUAGUUCGUUUAAAUUUUCUGUUAUGCUUUCUUCGUGGCGAGUGAAGCCGCUUAGUUUUGCCCUAUAUAUAUCAUAUGUUUUAUGCACUGCUUAUUUCACCAAAUUAUUUUCUAAUGCACACGCAGCAAUUUACAUCAAAUCCCGUGAUUACGUAGCCGAAAGCAAUUUACUUUAUCACUUUUAA